AUGCUUGCUUGGUUACCAUCACGGCCGAUCAACAAUGUUUCUGGAGGGAGGUUAACGCUUCUUUGCGUAGGCACUCUAUCGUCAAUAUCACACAGUCGCUCCUUACUCGACACUCUUUUUUCUACAAUCCAUUGGCUCUCCGUUACCCUCACCGUCCUCGCGACCAGCCUGUUAAUCGCGUCAGACGCCGGUCCCCAAUGUAUCGCUUUCGACAUCUACUGGAACUUGUUCGCCUUUGGUUUCCGCGGGAGAGAUUACAACGCCGGAAGACAGGAGUCUUGGGGGACGUCGGGGAGUGCGAAGGACAUCACGACGAAUGGUCGGCCGUGGGUCUCUGUCCGUUUGAUCAAAUGCGCCCGUAGUGACUUUGAAGGGCAGUAUACAAACGCCAUAUAUGUUAUCAACGGCGAUUCUAAGAACCCCUUCACCAUUUACAUCUACGACGCCACCGCAAAAUCCUGGUCUGCUCAAAACACGACGACAAAGCGCGUUUCUGGAGGUAACCCUCAAUUUGACCCCACCAACAUGCCUAUUCCAACAAGGAGCUUUUUCGCCCUCGACAUGGCUCUCCUCAAAUCCGCCUCACCCAAAGCCAUCCCUUGGAUCGACGUUCAAACACCCGACUUUAAUUCUGGGCAAUCUAUGGACUCGUACCAGAUCGUUAUGGCCCUCGCGCAGAACCAUAUCCACAUUUUGGGUGUUCCUGGGAUUUCAGCUGGUGAAGCCAAGAUCUUCGUCAUGUGUGACUGUACGUUGCCCUACUACCUCUUCUCUUUUUCUUUUUUCGUCGUCAAACACCUCUGA